AUGUUAUCACUCAACAACGCAUACAAGACACUUGUCAAUCAAUGGGUGUAUAGAUCAUUCUCAUCGGCUGUUGCCAAAGAGGUGACACCUAUCACCAAGAUAUUGAUUGCCAAUAGAGGAGAGAUUGCAUGCAGAGUCAUGAAGACUGCACAGAAGCGUGGUGUCAAGACUGUGGCCGUUUACAGUGAGGCCGACAAGAACUCGAUGUUUGUGUCGAUGGCCGACGAGGCCUAUUUGAUCGGCCCAGCUGCUGCCAAGGACUCGUACCUCCGUGGUGACAAGAUCAUCGAGGUGGCCAAAAAGUCGGGUGCUCAAGCCAUCCACCCGGGCUACGGCUUCCUCUCAGAGAACGCCGAGUUUGCCGACUUGUGCGAACGCAACAAUCUCGUCUUUAUCGGUCCCCCAUCGAGCGCCAUUCGCGCAAUGGGCAGCAAGAGUGCGUCCAAGGACAUUAUGAUUGCCGCCAACGUGCCCACCAUCCCGGGCUACCACGGUGAGGACCAAGCAUUCGAGACACUCAAGAGCGAGGCCGCCAAGAUUGGGUACCCCGUGCUCAUCAAGGCCGUCCUCGGUGGCGGAGGCAAGGGUAUGCGUAUCGUCGAACGCGAGGAGGAUCUCGCCGACGGCAUUGACAGCUCCAAGAGAGAGUCGCAGGCUUCGUUUGGCGACAGCCGUGUGCUCGUUGAAAAGUACCUCGUACACCCACGUCAUGUCGAGAUUCAAGUAUUCGCAGAUGCCCACGGCAACUGUGUCCACUUGUUUGAACGUGAUUGCUCGGUGCAACGUCGUCACCAAAAGAUCAUUGAAGAGGCACCAGCUCCCCAUCUCUCAGAGGAGCUCCGUCAAAAGAUGGGUAGUGCCGCUGUAGCUGCUGCCAAGGCUGUAGGCUAUGUCGGUGCUGGUACCGUCGAGUUUAUCCUCUCACAAGACGGCAGCUUCUUCUUUAUGGAGAUGAAUACCCGUCUCCAAGUCGAGCAUCCAAUCACCGAGAUGAUCACCCGUCAAGAUCUCGUCGAAUGGCAACUCAAGGUGGCCGAGUCCCAAACACUCCCACUCGCCCAAAAAGACCUCGCCAUCCACGGACACGCCUUUGAAGCCCGUAUCUACGCCGAAAACCCCGACUCCGACUUUGUCCCAGGUACCGGCAAGCUCGUCCAUCUCACCACCCCCCAACCAUCCGACACCCUCCGUGUCGAAACUGGUGUGCGUCAAGGCGACGAAGUAUCCGUCUACUAUGACCCAAUGAUUGCUAAAUUGGUCGUAUGGGAUACCAACAGAGAUAAAGCUCUUAGAUAUCUUAGAAAUUCAUUGGAUAAAUAUCAUAUUGUAGGAUUAAAUACAAAUAUAUCAUUUUUAAAGAGACUUUCAAGUCAUCCAGCAUUUGUAGCAGGAGAAGUUGAAACUGGAUUCAUCCCAAUGCACAAGGAGGCUUUGAUGGCUCCACCCAAACCAUACUCAAAUGACACCCUUUGUUUGGUUGUCUUGUCGAUUCUUUUGAAUGAACAAAAGGCUGCACUUAAAAAUACCGUCUCUGGCGUCGUCUCGCCAUGGCAGUCGGCCACCGGCUUCCGUGUCAACAACAAUGCUGUACGUAACAUCAAGUUGGUGCACAAGGAGCAAAAGGUCAGCGUACCAGUCACCUACCAACACGAUGGCACCUAUUUGAUGACAUGUCCCGAUGGCAAGUCACUCAAGGUUGGCGGUCGUUUCAUUGGUGAAAAUAUCUCUGCACACAUUGGCGAGCAGUUCUACCACGACAUUAGUGUCGUCGCCCACAAGGACACCUUGACCAUCUUUAACAAUGACCAAGGCACCUAUGAAUUUUCGCAACCACUCGAGGUUGCUAGCAAGGGUGCUGAUCUCGGCAGUGGCUCCCUUCUCUCGCCAAUGCCAGGCAAGAUCACAAAGAUCAUGGUCCAAGUUGGUGACUCUGUCAAAAAGGGCCAAGCCAUCCUUUUGAUGGAAGCCAUGAAGAUGGAACACACCAUUCGUAGUCCAAUCGAUGGAAAGGUUGAAUCUUUACCAUUCAAUGUAAAUGAAAUUGUUGAAGAUAAAAAGGUACUUGCCGUCAUUGUUUAA